CGGAACCAAUAUUCACAUCUCAGUUCUGGGUAGGACGUAUUUUUUUGUAACACACGUGCCAUGACUGUCAGACGUCUUCGCAGCAAGUUCUGAUGUUAUGUGAUGUCAGAUAAGCGUCAGCGUGCCAGAGUCCAGGGCUCCUGGGCCAAACAACAGCCAAAGCACUCGGGACCAACAGGUGCCGUCCCAAAGACACAACAACCCGAAGGAGUGGAGCCAGUCCCUGCUUCUUGGGGAUUUGGGCCACAGAAAACACCUAAGAUAUUUGAGUUUCACCAGCCCACCAAGCCAAUUAGAGAUGUUCCACCAGAGAUGGUGAUGGAACAGGCAGGGGAUCAUGAGAUCAGCCAUGGACCAUCAGGAGUGUCCAGACUGCAGCUGCUGCCUGGGUUUCUUCCCCCAGAAGAGGCUGACUGGAUGUUCAGUAAGCUGUUAGCAGAGCUUCCCUGGUCCCAAAAGACCAACUACAGACAGGGUGAGGCGUACGAGGAGCCAAGACUGACUUGCUGGUAUGGAGAGUUGCCCUAUACAUAUGCUCGUUCCACCAUGCCUGCUAACACACAGUGGCAUCCACUGCUGUUAACCCUUCGCAAGGCAGUGGAGCAGGUGAGUGGAUGCAGCUUUAACUCGCUGCUGUGUAACCUGUAUCGGGACGGCCAUGACAGCAUUGGCUGGCACAGUGAUGAUGAGGCCUCUUUGGGUGACAAGCCCACCAUCGCCUCCCUCAGUCUGGGCGACACCAGAAUUUUCAGCCUCCGCAAGCAACCUCCACCGGAGGAGAAUGGUGACUACACUUACGUAGAGCGGAUUCGGGUUCCUCUGAAUCACGGGACACUUCUGCUGAUGACAGGAGCCACACAAGACGACUGGCAGCAUCAGGUGGCUAAAGAGUACCAUGACCGAGGCCCACGCAUCAACUUGACCUUCAGAACUAUCUACGCAGAGCCGGAGGGCCACAGGGCGGGGACCAAGCUGCGAUUCACAACCAAGCAACCAUGAACACCCCUCAGAGGCUGCUACUUAGGGCUGAGGAAACUGUGAGAGUGUAAACAAGACUUGAUGAUGAAAAGAUUUUGCCUAAAUGCUAGGCUCUGUGUCAGUGUCAUCGUACUUCUCAGUGAGUUUGCAAGCAAUUUGAGCUGUUUGAAAGUCUUCAGUCUUGCAAACACAUCACUGAGUUACAGGCCACAGUAUGAAUAACAGCUUCCUCCCAGUGAAACAGGGAGAUUUGCAGCUCUGUCUGAAUUCACCUGUUGCAUAAACAAACCAUAAUAACACAGCAGUCUUGACCAGUGGUGAUUAUCAGAGUUGUCAGAUAAGCAAAGCAGGAGAAUGGGUGAUAAUGAAGGCUUUAAGACGUGAUAAAAUGUUAGCUCUGCAUUGUACUUUGACUUUAUUUAUUCAGCACAGACAGAGUUGUUGUUUAUGUUACUUUCAGACCGUAAUCUGAUAAAAUCUUUGUUUAGUGUUCCAAACUUGAAUUUUGACCGAAAUGACAUGUGAUGAAAGGUGUCUUUAUGAAAGGCCGUGUCCCAAGUGCUCACUGCACAACAAGACACUGUUGAUGUGACUUUUGGUGAAAUGCCCUAAAAUGUAAAUGAUUUCCUGCCUUGUUAAUCUUGGGGAGCUUUUUGGAGAGAACAUAGUUGCUUUAGUAACUAAUUUUAGAAUUAGUUAAUUGUCCUAUUGAACAACAUUUCUCAGACCAGAAUCUUUCAUCUGAUGCAUAGUUUAAGUUUUUUGUCAACAAAUGACAUAUACUGUGUAUGAAAUGAAUACUUGAAGAUGGAAACAGUACAGUACUAUACAAGCAACAGCUAAGGUUUUUUUUGAUUGAUUGAUCUGUGACACUAAAAUUUGUUGUUGAUCAGUUGUGAAGAAUUUUUUUAUAUUUGAAGCAAUAAAGAUACCAAUGAGUCCUGCAUAUUGUUCAUUGAUGUCAGUGACAGAGCUUGCUGCUGUUUCAAUAUGAAGUCUAGUUCUAACAUUUUCAUUAAAACUUUUCUUUGCCAAAUGAA